AUGAGCUCCACGGACUCGUCCUCGGCUGAGCUAUCGCCGUCACCACCAGCAAGCCCAGAAGCUAGCUUUCAUGGUCCACCAAGCAUAGAUCGUCUGGUUGCCCACUUCGUCCUUGCGAAGCGCUCAUUAACUUCAACAUUCCAUGUCUGGCGGGCAAACGAGCUAGUGACGAACUCGCGAAGCCUGAUAGAAGAAAUCGCUGCUCUGAAUGCCAAGAACUCGUACGCUCGACAUGGCGUCGACGAGCAGAUCGAAACCCUGCAUGGCAUCCGUGAGGGCGUGGCCGAGGCUGGAGAUGCCGCAGAGGAGGAAUUUGGCACUACCCUUGCGACGCUGGACGAGGCACAUGAUCGACUUGAGAAGACGUUGGCUAAAUUAAGGAAGACAGUUGUGGAUGCUACGCUUCAGCGACGUCUGGACGACAAUGCGAAAGCAAGUAGCGACCUUAGCAUUGCUCCCGAGGAUGAUUCGAAUGAGGAUCAGAGCCCAGGCCAUCCAUCUUCGAAGACUUUGUACGACUUCAUAGACGAGAUUCGCCACACCAGCGUGUUGGAGUCCUUGCGUGGCCUCAUAGACUCUUACCAUGAAGCACGAGCGACGCUGGGUCAAAGCCUUACUGCCCUCGACAAAUCCUUACAUAACAUCUCGGAGACUCUCCAGGAAGGUACUGCUACCAGCAGUAGCGGCGACCCUACCACAAAGCGCACAAUAUAUGACUCUGUGACACCACCCAGCGUUACCCAGCUAUUUCGUGGAAUGGAGGAUCAUGCAUCCGAGAUGGCGACACUGCUACAAAGUCUCGUCAGCCACUAUGAUCUCUGCGUCACUGCGCUCAAGCACACCGAAGGUGGUGGCGAAGCAGCACGUCUAGCUAUUCAGCAAGCAGAACUUCGAAGCCCACCCGAUGAAGAAGAAAGUCUAUACCGCCAAAAAGCGGCCGAGGACAUGGACGAGCGCGAGCGCAUCGAAAUGCUCAAGGUCCUAGAAGACGACGCCGGCCAAGUCGAGGACGUGAGCUCCGAGCUCAAGGAUCACGCAGAAGCUGCGCGCACAGCACACAAAGCACUACGAAACGUCCUCGACCAAUUUCACAGCAUUAAGAAAUCCUUGCCAACUUACACCCUCGCGUCUCGCACGUUCCACCUAAAUUGGACCUCCAUCCGUCUCGCCAUAAACUCCCAAACAGAGGACAUAGCAGCCCUGAACGCCUCGUUUGAGAAUUUCAUGGAAGGGUAUGCUGCUCUUCUUCGUGAAGUUGAGAGAAGGAAAGUCGCAGAGGCACAGAUGGAGAAGGUGGCGAAUAGAGCGCAGCGGGAGCUGGACAAGUUGUACGAGGCUGAUAGGCUUGCGAGGGAGGAAUUUCUGCUCGAGGUUGGGGACGACUUGCCGGGAGAUAUUUGGCCUGGCGCGCGGGGUAGAGGGAGGAGAUGGCGUAUUAGGGCUGAGGAGACAUGA